GUUGUGCAGUGCCAAGUGCCAUGGCUACCAUUUUAUAACCUAGCCGUUUUCCUGACACCGAGGUCUCUUUCCGGUUUGCAUUCUCGCAAAGAUGCCGUCUGUAACGCUAAAAGACGUCGAUCAGCAAAAAUUUGUGAAGGCUUUCGCAGCCUUUCUUAAAAAAACUGGUAAGAUGCGUGUGCCAGAAUGGGUGGAUAUCGUGAAGACGGCGAAGUUCAAGGAACUGGCUCCGUACGAUCCUGACUGGUAUUAUAUCAGAUGUGCUGCUUUGGUACGUCAUAUCUACAUUCGCAGUCCGAUCGGAGUUGGCGCCGUUACUAAGAUCUUUGGUGGACGUAAACGCAAUGGCACCCAUCCUAGCCAUUUCUGCCGAUCGGCGAGCGGUGUCGCGCGCAAGGCGCUCCAAAGCUUGGAACAGCUGAAACUGAUCGAAAAAGCACCUCUUGGGGGACGCAAAUUAACCAGCCAAGGACGCAGGGACUUGGAUCGAAUCGCCGCGCAAGUUAAAGCUAAGAGCAAAAAACAGCUUAAGCUUCAGGAAGUUGUAAUGUAAUAUUCUUUUAUGUUUCUGUAAUAAAAACACAUUAAAGGA